UCUCCCACCAAAUCAUGCCCAUCACCAUUCUCUUAACCCCAAACAAUGGAAUAUUCCAAACCCCAUUUUUACCUUUCCGCCAUUUUCCUUUCCUUGUAUUCUCUCCAAGCAAACACCCUCCAAACUUACGUAGUUCAGCUCCACCCAAAUGGCAUCACAAACUCUUUCUUCACGUCUAAGCUUGACUGGCACAUGUCAUUUCUUCAACAAAUCGUUUCCUCAGAAGAUGAAGACCCUUCUUCUCGCCUGCUCUACUCUUACCACUCUGCCGUGGAAGGCUUCGCCGCGCAGUUAUCGGAACCCGAGCUCGAGUCCCUGCAAAAACUGCCCGGUGUCAUGGCAAUUAGGCCAGACCAAAGGCUUCAGCUUCACACCACUUACUCUUACAAGUUCUUGGGACUAAACCCCACAAGGGAAAACUCAUGGUACAAGGCUAAAUUCGGUGGAGGAGCAAUAAUUGGGGUCCUUGACACCGGAGUUUGGCCGGAGAGUUCGAGCUUCAGCGACCGGGGAAUGCCGGCGGUUCCGAAGAGAUGGAGAGGAAUUUGCCAACAAGGCCAAGACUUCAACUCUUCAAGCUGUAACAGGAAGCUCAUUGGCGCUAGAUUCUUCAUCAAAGGCCACCGGGUGGCCUCGGGGUCAGCAUCGGCCUCACCAGAGAGUGUCCAGGAAUACGUGUCACCGCGAGACUCGCACGGGCACGGCAGUCACACGUCGUCGACCGCGGGCGGUGCUUCAGUCCCGACGGCGAGCGUGCUCGGCAAUGCAGCCGGCGUGGCGCGGGGGAUGGCUCCGUUCGCCCGCAUUGCUGCCUACAAGGUUUGCUGGUACACCGGCUGCUAUAGCUCCGACAUUCUGGCUGCAAUGGACGCCGCAAUUAAAGAUGGAGUCGAUGUCCUUUCCCUCUCGUUAGGUGGCUUUCCGAUGCCGCUUUUUGCGGACAGCAUUGCCAUCGGGAGUUUCCGAGCGAUGGAGCGCGGAGUUUCGGUUAUUUGCGCGGCGGGAAACAACGGGCCGAUCGAAAGCUCGGUGGCGAACGAAGCUCCUUGGAUUGCCACCAUUGGCGCAAGCACAAUGGACAGGAAAUUUCCGGCCAUCGUCCGAAUGGGCAACGGAGAAUCUCUUUACGGAGAGUCCUUGUAUCCCGGGAACCAAAUUUCGGGCUCGGCGAAAGAGCUCGAAAUAGUCUACUUGAUGAGCGAAGACAUAGGAAGUCAGUUCUGCCUCAGUGGGUCUCUUACAAAAGAGGAAGUGGCGGGAAAAAUGGUGGUUUGUGACAGAGGUAUCAAUGGAAGAUCAGAGAAAGGUCAAGUUGUGAAGGAGGCUGGUGGUUUAGCAAUGAUCUUGACAAAUACAGAGCUGAACUUAGAGGAAGAUUCCGUCGAUGUCCACGUUUUGCCGGCGACAUUGGUCGGUUUCGACGAAUCGAUUCGGUUAAAAACUUACAUAAACUCCACAAAGAAGCCUAUGGGAAGAAUCGAGUUUGGAGGAACUGUGAUCGGAAGAUCAGAGGCACCAAAAGUGGCUCAAUUCUCCGCCAGAGGACCAAGUUUCUCAAAUCCUUCAAUACUAAAACCAGAUGUGGUUGCUCCGGGAGUUAAUAUCAUUGCCGCUUGGCCUCAAAACCUGGGCCCCAGUGGCCUUCCAGAAGAUUCUAGAAGAGUGAACUUCACUGUCAUGUCAGGGACUUCCAUGGCAUGCCCUCAUGUGAGCGGCAUUGCCGCUCUAAUCCGCUCGGCGCACCCGAAAUGGAGCCCUGGCGCGGUGAAAUCCGCCAUUAUGACCACUGCCCACGUGACCGACCAUUCGGGGAGACCGAUAAUGGACGGGGACAAGCCUGCUGGAGUGUUCGCCCUCGGGGCGGGACAUGUCAACCCUCAAAGAGCGCUUGAUCCCGGGCUGGUUUAUGACAUUAGGCCCGGUGAGUAUGUCACUCAUCUUUGCACUCUUGGAUACACUGAUUUGGAAGUGUUCUCUGUCACUCAUAAGAACGUAAGCUGCCGCGAAAUUUUGACGAUCAACAAGGGAUUUAGCCUUAAUUACCCUUCGAUUUCGGUGAUUUUCAAGCGCGGAACAGGGAGUAAGAUGAUCAAGAGGCGAUUAACGAAUGUGGGCAGUCCUAAUUCCAUUUACUCGCUGGAAAUAGAAGCUCCACAGGAUGUGAAAGUGAGAGUUAAGCCUAGGAGGUUAGUGUUCACAAGAAUUAACCAAGUUUUGAGCUACAGAGUUUGGUUUAUAUCAAGGAAGAGAUCAGUGGUACAGAGUCAUAGCUAUGCACAAGGACAUUUGACAUGGGUCAAUGCCAAAAAUAGCUUGUACAGAGUCAGAAGCCCUAUCUCAAUAGCCUGGACGAAUAAAUGAUUUUGACGAGUGUUGUCAUGUAGCGUUGACUUUUCUGAUUUGUUGACUCGGAGGAUUCAUGUUAUUGAAAAAUUUGAGGGUUAAAUUUAUU